AUGAGAAGACCCAAAUCCAGGCAUUUCCGCCAGCACAAGCGGCAAGCGGAGCUUGGGGAGAUUGAAUUGCUCGAAUCAUGGAUCGAAUCCGGCAAGCCCGAAUCCGGUUCGAACCCGCUAUCAUUCUCGCCAUUGCCGUCCUCCGCUCCGGUAGGCCGACUGGACGACGGCACAUUCUCUCCCUUCGCUGGUUGCCGGAAAUUCGAUCAGAUGCCUCUUUCUCAGAAGACAAAGGAUGGGCUGAGAGAAGCGAAAUACACAAAAAUGACUGAGAUUCAGAGGGCUUCGCUGCCUCAUGCGCUCUGCGACCGUGAUGUCCUCGGGGCGGCUAAAACUGGGUCAGGCAAGACCUUGGCAUUCAUCGUACCGUGCUGGCCUCUUAAUUGUGGUCGGAAAGAUGUUGACACUGAGAAGGAGCACGUGAAUGAUCUGAAUAUCCUGAUCUGCACUCCUGGAAGGCUUCUUCAGCACAUGGAUGAAACUCCUAAUUUUGAUUGUUCUCAGCUUCAGGAUAGUAUAUUAGGAUGUUGGGAAGUCUUCAUGCCUAGCUAUAUAAGGGUUCAGGUUCUGGUCCUUGAUGAGGCAGAUCGUAUUCUUGAUGUGGGUUUUAAAAAGACACUAAAUGCAAUAAUAUCACAGAUUCCAAAGCGUAGGCAAACCCUUCUUUUCUCAGCAACUCAGACCAAGUCAGUUCAGGAUCUUGCAAGACUCAGUUUGAAGGACCCAGAGUACCUUGGCGUGCAUGAGGAAUCUGUAAAAUUUGUCUUUGAAGCUUUCAAAAAGCUUCGACCUGGAAUUCCAUUGAAAUGUCUUCAUGGAAGAAUGAAGCAGGAGAGAAGGAUGGGAAUCUAUUCUCAGUUUUGUGAACAACGUUCUGUUCUUUUCUCAACUGAUGUUGCCUCAAGAGGCCUUGACUUCAACAAGGCGGUUGAUUGGUUGUUCAGGUGGAUUGUCCAGAGGAUGUUGCAUCUUAUAUACAUAGAGUUGGACGUACUGCACGCUAUCUUAGUGUGGGAGGCAAACACAAAAAGGCUUCAGCCAGUUUCUGGGUUAUUGGCAGCUUUGUUAGUGAAGGACAAAGAGUUGCAGCAUCUGGCUAUAGAGCCUUCAUCACCUAUUUGA